GUGAGGCGGCCCCCAGGCGGGGCAGGUGGCUGGACGUCCUCAUGGACCUCAAGGUUGAACCAGAGACUCUUGAGAGCCGUCCAUGGUGUGAAUAGCUGGCUACCGUGUCCAUAAAUGUGACCUGACUUGUAAGGUAAUCUCGCACAAUGGCUCUCUCGUUUGACUCCGCAAAGUGGCUGACAGAGGAGGUGGUGGAUGUGCUGUUCUUCAUCGGGAUCUUGUACAUAGGGAAGGUGAUACUGACCGUGCUCUGGGACUUGGCCUGGGGUCUGAGGGUGCAUGUCUGGUCCAAGCUGGUGUCCAGGGACCUGGCUAGAGAAUAUGGUGGCAAAUGGGCAGUUGUGACUGGUGCCACUGAUGGCAUAGGCAAAGGAUAUGCCGCUGCCCUUGCCAAGAAGGGCAUGAAUGUUGUGCUGAUCUCCCGCACUCAAGAGAAGUUGGAGAAGGUUGCUCAAGAGAUACGUGGGCAGUAUGGAGUCGAGACAGAAAUAUUACAAGUAGAUUUUGCUCUUGGCCGACCAAUAUAUGAAAUUAUUGGCAAAUGUCUUGCAGGCAAGAAGAUUGGGAUUUUAGUCAACAAUGUUGGAGUGCUUGGCAGUGGACCGUGUUUCUUUAAGGAUAUGGUUGACGAUGACCUCUGGGCACUUAUUAAUGUAAACACAGCAUCCGUGCCAGCUAUGACAAAAUUAGUGCUACCUGGCAUGUUAGCUUGCAAGAAAGGUGCCAUCAUCAAUAUUAGCUCAAGUGCAGGACAUAUGUCAGUGCCACUUAUUCAGGUUUAUUGUGCAACAAAGUCAUUCGUCAGCCGCUUUUCUGAAAUAUUGCCGUUUGAGUGCCGGUCAUCUGGUAUAACUGUGCAGUAUAUCACACCUUUUGUAGUUUCAACCAACAUGACUAGUUUUGAUGCACAAAUAAAUAAAGAAGGUUUCUUCACUCCAAAUGCCAAUACUUUUGCUGCUCAUGCUCUCUCUACGCUGGGUUAUACUCAGCAGACCGCUGGCUACUGGACACAUGGGAUUCAGUCUUGGGUCUACGAGAAGACACCAUCAUUGCUGCUGACAUAUAUCUACAUGUGGAGGUUAAAAGCAUCUCUCUCAAACUCAGAAAAAUCAAAUUGAAAAUCUGAUAUUUUUGUUUUUGUCAGUUUUGUAUGGCAGUAUAUUGUUUAGAUUCACAAAAACACAUUGAAUUUAUACAGACAAAACUGUUAAAAGGACUAAAGUUUUUUAAUAAUCUUCUAUUUACUGAAUGAAUCUGGAGCAGUUAUUGUAAUACAAUAAAACUAUCAUCCAUUAUCUUUGUUCACUGCUUGGAAAAAAUAUUUUGUAAUAUAUUUUGUUAAAAGGGUGGUGGAAGCGAAUACUCAUGUACAUGUAUUUAGACUCAAACGGCGAGUUUUUCUUUGAAUACUGUUUAUUUCCUUCUUCGAGGCUUUGGGUUCCUGCAAUUGCACCAUAUGUUGUACCCCUAUUACUUAACCAUUGUAUAUUUACUGUAUAACAGCAUAAAUAGUUUAAUAUG